CAUGGACAAACUUUAUAAUGCAAAUCAGACGAGGUUGUUCUUUGCUUCUCGGGGCCGUUGAAUGGCCCGGCUUGUCAGCGGGGCCAUUUUACGAGACCACCCAUGUCUCAGCCGGUUGUAUUUGCACACAGUCCUGGUAGUCCUGCGUAGGCGGCAAGGCGGGCAGCGGGGGAUGCUCUGAGAUUGAGUGAGCCCCAGUACCCACUCCCCCGGGUCUGUCAGUGCAUGACGACUCUCCUCCCACUCCAAAACAUUCGUUCCAGCCGUUGUGUCUCAAUCGUUCUCGAACCUCAAGCCCCCAUCGGCCAGCUGGGACUCGCCUUGUGUCCCUUUCCUUUUCUUCCGAAGCUAUUGAUCCGUUUUUACCACAGAGCGCCACCCGUUUUGACAGCACCGGCAGACCGACAAGUCCUCCCCCUCGUCGCAAACAUGUCGAACCCGAACGCCCUGUUCCUGCUCGCCGACCACAUCAAGCUCUCGCUGCUCGAGCGGAAACGGGCCCAGGCCCUGAACCUGCAGAGCGACUCCCAGGACGGCCACCUCUCGCGGUCGCUGGACCAGUUCCGCGAUGGGCUGGAGGCCUUGCAGACCGAGCAGCAGCGCCUGCACGAGGCCGGAGAUGAUGCCAAGGCCGCCACCAUCGCAGACUCCCUCCCGGGCCUCCAGAAGCAAUUCGACGACCUGACCUCCCAGUUCCACGGCUUCUCCGCCCCGAGCAGCAACUCGACCCUCACACAGCCAAACGACCCGGCCCUCGCCGCAGACUUCGCCCACGCGAGCAACACCUCCACCAGCCCGCCCCUGGCCUCCUCGUCGAGCCGCCAGGCCCCAGCAAAGAAGUCCCUGCGCAGCAGCAGCGGCACCUCGACGCCGACGGGAGGCAGCAGCAAGACGGUGCGCUUCCAAGACAACAGCAACAGCAACGCCUCCGCCUCCGCCUCCAACUCGGCAGACGACGACGCCGCCGCCGCCCGCCUCUUCAACCAGCCGUACCGCGACGACCCGGACGGGCCCGAGGGCUACCGCGACACGGCCGAGGGCCUCGCCGACAACGUCCAGGUGCACGCGUACCACAGCCGCAUCCUGCGCGAGCAGGACGACCAGCUCGACCGGCUGGGCGAGUCCAUCAGCCGCCAGCGCGAGCUGAGCAUGCAGAUCGGCGACGAGCUCGACGACCAGGUCGCCAUGCUCGAGGACCAGGAGGCCCUCGUCGACCGCCACGCCUCGCGCCUCGACCGCGCCCGCAGGCAGGUCGGCAGGAUCGCCCGCUCCGCCGGCGAGAGCAAGCAGAUGAUCGCCAUCAUCGUGCUGAUUGUCAUCCUGGUGCUGCUUAUUGCUGUGCUGAAGUGAGAGGGCCGGUGUGGGUGGGGGAUAAGGUGGAGGGGGGGCUGAAGUGGUU